AUGUCGCUUGUUACUUUACCAGUCGAAAUUUUUUACUGUAUUUUGGAUCAUCUUGAUAUUUGUUCGAUAUUGAUUUCACUUCGUCGUGUUUGCAGACGAUUGCAUACGAUUACUGAUACUUAUAAUCGAUAUGAACUUGAUCUUUCUUCAAUUCGACAAAGAUACAUCAAAUUGAUUGCAAGUAUUAUUCGAGCUGAAAAUAUCAUCGGACUGAUUUUAUCUAACAAGGCAUCUAUAAAUACUACUUUCGACUUUUUUCUCUUGCAUUCUGACAUUCAUGAAUUUCCUAAACUUCGUUCUUUGACACUAAACAAGUUCACUGAUUACGAUCUUGAUUGUGCUUUACAAACUUUUGCUAGUUGCCCGCUUAACUCAUUGUCAAUAGACGUAUGUUCAGGAUGGCACGACAAAAUAGCAGUUCUUGUUACAUCAGCAGUUAUCCAAUUCAAACUUCGCAAGUUAAUUUUGAAAAAUUUCAGUUAUUGGACUCAAUGUAUAUCUUGGUCAAAUGAUUGUAACUUAAACUAUCUCUCAUUGGAAAAGUGCACAUAUUCACAAUAUCAAAUGAUCCUUGGCAAUUUACGAUACUUGAAGACUUUGGUAAUACGAGAUUGUAUUAUUGAUGACUGUGAUGAAGUGAUCUUCACAUCUUAUUCACAGUUAUUAUCUCUAACAAUUAAUGACUGCCAUCUAUCGAUGAGUGAUAUCGAAUUUCUUGUAGCACAAACUCCUUCACUUAUGUAUCUUAAAAUUUGUUCUCGUUGGAGAGCAUUUGAUUCAGCAUUCGAUGGCUUUUCAUGGGAACAAUUUAUUAAAAUUAAUAUUUCAUCUUUAGCAAAAUUUGUAUUUUUCUUUUCCUGUUCCUUGCAUAACAAUGACAUUAUGGGAAAUAUUGAUUCUCUUAUUGACUUGUUUCGAACACCAUUCUGGCUGAAUGAAAAACGUUGGUUUAUAACUUGCGAUUACUACAUUCAACGAAAAAUAAUUAAUCUUUAUACAACACCUAUGUGUAUAAAAAAAGGUGACAUUUUAUUUCAAUCAUUCAUUAACUCUUCUAGCCCCUGCAUCACAAUUCGAUGGAUCGUCUCAUCUACGGAUGAGUGUUGUUUACCAAUAUUGAGUUGGACAGAUGGAACAUUUGAUAUCAAUGCAACAGAAAUACUUAUCACAUUAAAUAUUGACAAAAAUUGUAUUGGACAUAAAGGUGCUGAGUAUAUUGCAGAUGCCUUAAAAACUAACAAAAGCAUCGUCGAUAUGAGCAUGGCUGGAAAUCAUAUAGGUGAUCUUGGGGUAGAGUUCAUCGCGAAUGCAAUGCAAUUUAAUACAACAUUAACUACAUUGGAUCUUCAGCAAAAUCAAAUAGGUGAGGAAGGUGGUAAAAAUUUAUUUAAUGCCUUAGGAAAAAAUCAGACAUUAAUCAAAUUCAAUCUUAUUGGUAACCCAUGUAGUCAAGCAAAUACAUUAGAUAUGAUCACAUUAAUCAAGAAUGACAAAAUGAUUGCUUCCAUCGAUCUUCAAUCACGUCGUAUAAAAGGAGAAGAUGCAAAAUAUCUCGCUGAUGCUUUGAUCAAUAAUGAGAAAAUCACGUCAUUGAAUCUUAAUCAUAGCGAGAUCCAAGAUCAAGGUUUAAAAUAUUUUGUGGAUGUUUUGAGAAACGAUAAAACAAUUGAAAUACUAAGCCUUCAUUCAAAUCAAAUCACGACUAAUGGAACUCAAUCUAUUGCUAAGGCAUUAGCACGCAACACAGUAUUAAAAGAACUGGAUCUUUCAAACAAUAUAAUAAGAGAUAAAGGUGUUGAAGCGUUCAUUGAAGUAUUACAAAAUCAUGCGUCUAUGGCAAAGAUAAACUUUUUUGGUAACUUGGCGGCUAACUACCUGAAAGUAUUAGCCAAUAUUGUGAUGCCGCAAACACGAUCUGAAACCAAUGUGAUGAUGAAUUCAAAAUGCAUUGGAAUUCAAAAAAUUCAGUAUUUGGCCAAAGCACUUGUCUUCGCUAAGUCACUCACCGUACUUGAUCUUGAUGAUAAUAAAUUAGGAGAUGACGGUGUACGGCGUAUUUCUCAGGCAUUAACUAAUAGCAAAAUGCUAACCGUACUUAAGCUUCAGAAAAAUAGUAUAAGCACUGUUGGUGUACAAUAUUUAGUUCCUGUGCUGCAUAAUAUACCGGUAAUCAGUAAAUUGUAUCUUGCUAAUAAUCGAAUUGAUGAUGAAGGUGCUAAGCAUAUUGCUAGUUUACUCCAAACGAAUACUACCCUAACUGUGAUUACUCUUGAAGGCAAUGCAAUUGGAAGCGCUGGUGCACAAUAUCUUAGUGAUGCUUUAUUGAACAAUACGACGGUUACUGCUAUUGAUCUUACUAAUAGCGGAAUUGGCGAUACUGGAGCACAAUAUCUCGCCGAUCUACUUCGAGAAAACUCGAAUAUCACCGAACUAUUGCUUGGAUCAAAUCAUAUUAGUGACGAGGGUGCAAAAUAUUUGGCUGAUGUUCUACAAAAUAAUGCAAUAUUCAACAGAUUGAGUCUUCAUGGUAACGAAAGUAGUUUAUGUACACUGGUUGAAAUCUUUCUAACAGCUCCACGUGAUCAAGUACGCACAGAACUAAACGUCGCCGAAAAACGUAUUGGAGACGAAGAAGUACAAUUUCUAGUCGAUGUUUUGGCAAACAACACGACAAUCAUGAAUAUAGAUUUGGCCAAGAACAAUAUUGGAGUGGAUGGUGCUAAAUAUAUGGGUGAUUUGUUGCAAAACGAUAAAACACUAUUAACAUUGAAUCUCCAAUCAAACGAAGUUGGAGAUGAAGGCGCAAAAUAUCUGGCAAAUGGAUUGCGAAAGAAUACGACAUUACAAAGACUUGAUCUCCGCGAAAACACUAUUGGACCAUUAGGAGCUCAAUGUCUUGCUGAUGCUUUGUGUGAAAAUAUAGUAGGACGUGUUGCCAUACUAUUUUGUAUGCAUGAUUUUUUUGCGAAUACUUCGAGAUAA